AUGUCUUCAAAACCAGCAUUAGCAAUCCUAGAUGACUAUCUGUCAAUCUCACAGAAGCAUUUUGCACAUAUCCCUUCCGAAUAUAUUCGGGUUGAUGUCUUCGAUGAUGCCAUUUCAGCCCAGAGUGUUCCUGGAGAUCGGUCAUCUCCUGUCAACCCCGAGCUUAUCAAACGACUACAACCCUACACGGCAAUCUUAGCAAUGAGAGAGCGCACUGCUCUACCAGGAGAUCUACUUCGGGCCCUUCCGAAUCUCAAAGUCAUCUUCACAACUGGGGCCCAGUUCCGCAGCUUUGAUCUUGUGACCGCCAAAGAGCUCGGGAUUCGGAUGGCAACCGCCACCGGAAAAGGUCGAACAGACGGCAAAGGGAUUCAAGUUCAUCGAAAAAUUGAUCCCAAGAAAGGUGGUGUCCACCCUACUACACAACAUACAUGGGCACUGAUCCUAGCGCUCGCCAAUCGCGUCGUUCAAGAUGACAAUGCGGUCAAGGCUGGGAACUGGCAAGGUGGGCUGAUGACUGCUCUAGCCGGAAAGACGAUAGGGAUCGUUGGACUUGGAAAGCUGGGAGGAGCCGUUGCACGGAUCGCGGUCGUCGCUUGGGGGAUGAAAGUUAUCUGCUGGAGCUCUUCCCUGACCCAGGAGAAGGCCGACGAAACUGCACGAUCGUUCGGGUUAGAUCCAGAUCAGGAUGGCGCGAAGACAUUCCGCGUCGUUGAAAAACCCGAGCUUUUCCGCACCGCGGAUGUCGUCAGCAUCCAUUACGUUCUGAGCGACCGCUCACGUGGGAUUGUCGGCAAAGAGGAGCUGGACUUCAUGAAGCCAACCGCCUUCCUUGUGAAUACCUCAAGGGGUCCUUUGGUGAAUGAAGGAGCGCUGCUGGAUGUCCUCGAACGCGGAAAGAUUCAGGGUGCAGCCUUCGACGUGUUCCCCGUUGAGCCGCUUCCUGCCGAUAGUCCCUGGCGAUCGCAGAAAUGGGGAACCGAAGGACGAAGCACGCUUUUGACGACACCGCAUAUGGGCUAUGUUGAAGAGCAGACGCUGAACGCUUGGUAUGCCGAAACUGCAGAGAAUGUCGAAAGAUGGCUUGAUGGCCAAGAGCUGUUGAAUCCGGUGCUGUAG